AUGAGGUGGAUCAUCAGAUCACCAAGACUGAUGACGGGGGGCACCACGCAUCAUAAGACUCCCACGCCCAUUAUUUGUCUUGCCGCCACAGCAAGGCCUCGCCACCGCUGUACCGUCACACUGCCACCGCUGUACCGUCACACCGCCACCGCUGUACCACCACACAGCCACCGCUGUACCGCCACAUCGCCACCGCUGCACCGCCAAAUCGUCACCGCUGUACCGCCACACCGCCACCGCUGCACCGCCACAUCGCCACCACUGCACCGCCACACCGCCACCGUUGUACCACCACACCGCCACCACUGCACCGCCACACAGCCACCGCUGUACCGCCACAUCGCCACCACUGCACCGCCACACAGCGACCGCUGUACCACCACACCGCCACCGCUGCACCGCCACAUCGCCACCACUGCACCGCCACACUGCCACCGCUGUACCGCCACACCGCCACCGCUGUACCGCCACAUCGCCACCACUGCACCGCCACACAGCGACCGCUGUACCACCACACCGCCACCGCUGCACCGCCACAUCGCCACCACUGCACCGCCACACUGCCACCGCUGUACCGCCACACCGCCACCGCUGCACCGCCACAUCGCCACCACUGUACCGCCACACCGCCACCGCUUUACCGCCACAUCGCCACCGCCGCACCGCCACACAGCCACCGCUGCACCGCCACAUCGCCACCACUGCACCGCCACACAGCCACCGCUGUACCAUCACACCGUCACCGCUGCACCGCCACAUCGCCACCACUGCACCGCCACAUCGCCACCGCUGUACCGCCACAUCGCCACCGCUGUACCGCCACAUCGCCACCGCUGUACUGUCACAUCACCACCGCUGCACCGCCACACCACCACCGCUGUACCGUCACACCGCCACCGCUGUACCAUCACACCGCCACCGCUGUACCGUCACACCGCCACUGCUGUACCGUCACACCGCCACCGCUGUACCGCCACACCGCCACCGCUGUACCAUCACACCGCCACCGCUGUACCGUCACACCGCCACCGCUGUACCGUCACACCGCCACUGCUGUACCGCCACGUCGUUACCACCGUACCGCCACAUCGCCAUCCCUCGCAGGCGUUUUCUCAAACCCGCCGUGUUGAUAGCGAUGCCUCUCCUGACAGCUCGGCACCGCAGCCCCUGUAUCAUUCUCGCUGUCCUACCGCUCACACCUCUCUCCACCCUCCACCCUUCAUCCAGCCAUCCUCUGCCCUUCAUCCAGCCAUUCUCCAGUUCUCCCUCCACCCUCUACCCUCCAUCCAGCCAUCCCUCAGGCCUCCCUUCCCUCCCGGGCGAGUGUCACAUUUCACGGCUUCUAUUUGUCAUCGUUCUCUCGGUAGCAAGGGCGCGGGUUUUCGAGAGUGGCGUGUGAGUGUUGCAACGCAGGAUAUUAGCAGAGAAAACACAAAAGAACCACCGCAGUGCAUCCUUACCCCAAUCCUUAACUCCUUUACGUCCUCUGCUGCUGGGAGUCCUUAG